AUGGCGAGCAACACUUGGAGCGGCAAGUCUAGCGAGAAAGGCCACUAUGCAUCAAGAGGUCUUUCAGAAUUUGUGAGCAACUUGCUUGAAAGCUGGCAUGUUCCUGGUAUCUCCAUCGCUGUGGUUGAUGGGAAUGAUUUUCUUACUGGGGGCCAUGGAAUGGCAGAGUUACCCUCAACUCCGUUCUCUGCAGACACUCUGUCAUACGCCGGCAGCACCACCAAGGCCCAUGUCGCCGCUCUUCUUGCACUUCUCAUCGAAAGUAAUCAGUACAAAGAUGACAGAGACCAGCCACUCUCUUGGAAAACCCCAAUAUGCUCUCUUAUCAGAGCGGAUUUUGUACUGAAGGAUGAAUGGGCGACUAACCACGUCACCCUAGAGGAUGCCCUCUGUCAUCGUACAGGCCUAGCAAAGCAUGACAACGCAUAUCCCCGCUAUACACGACCCGAAGGUUUUGACGGACCUAAGCGGCUGGUUACGCUUCAAGAAAUGGUACGGAAUCUGCGACAUUUGCCAAUGGCAAGCGAGCCACGCACGAAGCAUCGCUACAGCAACCUUAUGUUCGCGACUCUAUCGCAUGUGAUAGAAACGGUGACCGGCCAAUGGCUCGGCGAUGCCCUCCGCACCUGGCUCUGGGAACCACUGGGGAUGAAGGAUACGUAUCUCUCGCUAGAUCAAGCCUUGGCCACCGGGUCUCAUGUAUCCCAGGGAUACUUCUGGGACGAGGACCGGCGUCAAUAUAAAGCGUUGAUCCGAAUGCCCACCGAGGAAGUCAGUGGGUCUGGCGCAGUUAUCAUGUCUGCAGCUGAUAUGGUGAAGUGGUUGAGAUUUUGGAUUCGUGAGCAGAAGCCACUGAGCCCGGAUGCGCACCGGAAUCUACGCCAUCCACGGAUAGCUGUUGGAACGGGGGAUCCGGCUCCUUUCGAUACGCCCAUUAUGUAUGCGCAGGCAUGGCAGAGUUCCUCCUAUCGUGGAAAUCGCUUUUGGAGGCAUCAUGGAGGGAUGGAUGCUUUUGGAGCUUUGGUUACCUUCUUCCCUGAUUUGGACUUUGGGAUUGCCGUGAUGGGGAAUACUGCAUUUACGGCGAAUGCGGUUGCGGAGAUAGUUACCUGGCAUCUGGUUGACAACAAGCUUGGUGUUGCUUCUAGAGAGAGAUACAAUUGGACAGAACGGUGGAAAAACACUGUGAAGCAAGUCGGUCAGAACGUCCAGAAUGGCUUGGAUAAAAUCUAUCUUACCCGCCCUGAGAAGCCCAUACGAGCUUCUCUCCCGCUAUCCAAGUAUGCCGGGCUGUAUUAUCACCCCGCAUACAAGUACUUGAACGUGGUAACCACCGACGGAAAGGAGGGAAAGUUACUAAAUGCAAGACCCGAUGCGCAACUGCAUGCAGAACAGCCAGAUAACAACUUCCGCAUCAAGUGCGACUUUGUCCAUGUCUCUGGGGAGAAGUGGAUCAUGUAUGUGAACUUGAUGGAUGCACCGACUCUAACGAUGCAUGACUUUGCAGCGGUGGAAUUUCGAAUUGGCGUUGAUGGAGAAGUUGAGUCUAUGGGAAUUGAAUGGCGGGCAAGGAACGAUGUUGAUGGGUGGAUCUGGUACAAGAAACUCCGCGCUGGAGAUGAGUCUCUUAAGGCCUAG